AUGACCAUAGUUUGGAGCCUCGCGUUGCUUGUCCGUGUGGAGUACAAAGUGAGACGCGCCUCAUCGUCUCGAGACCGCGAUCUGUACACAAAAUUGCUUACCGAUUAUGAGCCGCUGGAACGGCCCAUCGAAAAUAGCUCGGAGCCGGUGCUUGUACGAAUGGGACUCGUUUUACAGCAAAUUAUCGACGUGGACGAGAGGAAUCAGGUGGUCGAUGUGAACGCAUGGCUCAAAUUCUCAUGGUUCGAUUACUCGUUGAAAUGGGAUCCUGCCGAAUAUGGCGGUGUUACGGACCUUCGAUUCCGUCGGGGCCAACUAUGGACGCCCGACGUUUUGAUGUAUAAUAGUGCGGACCCUCAAUUUGACAGUCGCUAUCCAUCGAAUCUUCUUGUGUACCCCAAUGGAAUGGUUAAUUGGAUGCCGCCAGGUCUUUAUCGUCUUUCGUGCAAAAUUCAAGUAGUUUGGUUCCCAUUCGAUGUUCAAGAAUGUUUUCUGAAAUUCGGCUCUUGGACAUUCGACGGAAGCAAAUUGAAUUUGGAAAUUGAUGAGAAUGGAUUCGACACUUCCAAUUAUAUGCAGAAUGGCGAAUGGACAUUGGAAGGGACCCAUGUGAAAAGAAACAUACAAUAUUAUCAAUGCUGCCCGGAACCCUACUAUGAUAUUGUGUUCACUUUUGUGAUUCGAAGGAGAGCUCUUUAUUAUGCUUUCAAUCUGAUACUGCCGUGUAUAUUAAUCACGAUGCUCACACUCGUCGGAUUCACAUUCCCGCCAGACGCCGGCGAGAAGAUGUCACUUCAAAUCACUAUAAUGUUGUCGAUAUGCAUUUUUCAAAAUUAUGUUGCCGAAAUGUCGCCGCCAACAUCCGAAGCGGUCCCAUUUUUGGGCGCAUUCUUUGCUGUGUGCUUGUUCACGUGCGCGUGCUGCGUCACCGCCACAACGCUCACCUUGAAUUUCCAUCAUCGCAACGGCAAAUCGCAUCAGAUGAAUGAGACGUUUCGCUUAAUAAUGCUUGAAUGGGUCCCGUGGCUAUUGUUGAUGAAACGGCCGGGUCAUGUUGCGCGUAAAUGGACUAUGCGCAAAAUCGAUGAGUACGACGAUGAUUUUGAAGAGAGGAGAGCGAGAUUGGAGCAGCAGCGAAUUUCGGCUCUCAUCUCGCAGCUUACUGUCGAUUCGCCGAAAAAUACGCCAAUGGCGCCGAGACGCGUGAAAAUUGUUGACGAUGUCGAGCCGGCGGAGAACCAUUUAUGGCAUAAACCACCGACAACAUCGAGUCGGGUUCCCGUUGAGAAAAUUGCGCAGUUGCUCAUGUUACAGCAGGUUCACGGACACUUAGCGGAAAUAAACAAACACGUUCGUGAGAAGGAGCGCAAUAAGCGAAUUGAGGACGAUUGGAAGUUUUCCGCAUUGGUUGUGGACCGCAUUUGUAUGCUGGUGUUCACGUCGUUCCUCUUCGGCGCCACCGUUGCCUUGUUCGGCUCGGUGCCGCAAAUGAUGCGCUCAUUUUGA